GCGCGGCGCUGUGGUGGCAGCAUGUCCCAGCCCCUCCACUUCCGGGACACGCCCCCAGUAGCUGCAGCCUGACAUUCCCUGCGUCAUCAGCCGGUGCCGGAGCUUGUGUCUCUCCCCAGAGCAGUACUCGGACACCCGUCUGACUUGACACUACAAGACCCAUGGCUACAGCAAGAUCUAUGACCAGUGCAAUAUAUCGAAGGCUACAAGUGUCGCUCUUUGCAGAUCUGCCAGCGUAACCGGCAGUGAUGGCUGUAAACCUCUGCCUUCCGCAGUUUAGGCCCCGGAUAGUUUGUAACAAGAUCAGUGCGGAUGGCUACGAAGUGGAGAAUCUGGUCUCCGAAGACCUCGCUAAAAGGAAUCGUGGGUUUCGCUGUGAAUAUUUUAUUAAACCUCCUGUACACAUCACCAUAUCUUUUCCAUUCAACAUCGAUCUAUGUAGGAUUAAUAUAGACACCUCGUCCGGGGGCCACCAUAACUUUUCCGGAAUGGACAUUUAUACAGCUACCUCCGCCAACAGAAUGUCUUGGAAUACCCAGGAGUGGAACCAGCCGGCUGCGGUUGGCCAGGGUCUGGAAAAAGAAGUCUUUGCCUUGGUGGGGAAAGUUGUACUUAAGAAUCAAAGCAAGGCGACUUUUAAUAACCGAGGCUUCAAGCCAAGGCACCCAUUCCACCAAACCGAUCAUGUGAUGUCCUACCACGGCUCGGCAUGCCAGGACCUGUGGAAUAAAGGGCCGAACUCUCUCAGUAACGUUAGCCACUUGAAGAUCUGUAUAACACACGUAGCUGGGGGUGCCUUGUGCAGUAUAAAAAAAGUGGAGGUAUGGGGUCAGCCUGCUAAGACUUAUCCCAAGGAGAUGGUGGAGAGCGUGUACCAGAUCGCCUGCAUGAGCCUCCCCCCUGGCUUUGGGCAGCCGUGUCCGGUGUCACCAAUGGAAAGUAACCACGUGUCUUAUAAUAACGCAGAAAACAUGCAGUACAGCCUGAGCGAACUUCCCAACAUUCUCCAAGAUGUCCCAGAGGAGUUUCUGGACCCCAUUACACUUGAGAUCAUGACUUUACCCAUAAUCCUUCCAUCGGGAAAGGUCAUCGACCAAAGCACACUCGAUAAAUGUAACCAAAGUGAAGCGUCGUGGGGCAGGUUGCCAAGUGACCCAUUUACGGGUGUUCCUUACACACCACAGUCCCAGCCUCUCCCCCAUCCCUCGCUGAAAGUAAGGAUAGACUACUUCCUCCUCCAGCACCAAAUUCCUGGCUCGACUCUCCUGGGCAGGGCCCGUGCCGGGGGUGUGGUGACCCCUUCGGCCGUAGCCUUGCACUCCAUGAAGAGGAAGGUGGAAUGGAUGGAGGAUUCGGCCAACGACGGAGAUAAUAUAGACACCUAUUUAUCCGCUGUUAGUGGUCUCUGUUCUUCUACCUCAGAUUUCAGUACAAAGAAGAUGAAGACUGAAUGCGAUAGUCAAACGUCACAGAUGGACUGCUCUAAUUCAGAAUCCAUGUCCCAUGAACAGAGACUGACGCAAAGCCUGGACCAGGCUCUGAGCACAGCGCUGGGCUCCAUGCCUUCAUACACCGCCAAGUUUACGAAGAGUCAGCCGCAAGGGUUCCACCUGGAGAGCACGGGUGGCCCCCGCUGCACGACCAGCUCCACACUAACUGAGCACAACAGAAGCGGUGUGAUACAAGGCUGCACUUCCUGCUCGAGGACGUUUUCAGCCUAUUGUAAAACCGAGCCCAUUUACCAGCUCUCCUGCGGCCACCUCAUGUGUCGUCCUUGCCUGGCUGAGACGCAGAAGUCCCUCUCUGUCGUGUGCAUGAACUGCAACCAGACCGUGGCUACCCGUGAUGUGCUGAGAGUCCACCUGUAGGCCGCACACUCUGUCUGGCUGGGACUCCACCAGAAGGAGCAUUGCGUUCAAGCUCCUCCCUCUGCGACACAGCGCUUCUACGUGGCCACCUAUGCUGCUAAUCUCUACAAACGUGCAUAUUUAUGUAGAAGGUCAAAGUUAGGCGUUAGAGCGCAGACGUUCUUGUCAUAGAUGUGCUAGUGAGAAUCCUGACAAACUCCAAAUGCCUCCUGUUUACAAUGGGGUUCCGUGCUGUGCUAGAUUACAGUGACGUUCUGGAGGGAUUCUGUGAUUGAAUUAAGUGCACUUGUGUAUUGUGACCCUCAUGCUUCCUCUCCCUGGCACCUAGUAUGUGUGGUUAAGUAAUUUGUUUCUUCAUCAACGACUUGCAGGGCCCGUGACACCUUAUAUUACACCCUACCGGUCAAAAACGCAUUAUGUAGUAUUAACGCUGCUUUAGUUGGGCAACCUAUGUCUUCCUUUAAUUGGCCGAGCAUUUCCUUGCAGAUUUAGGUUUGGAUGUCGGAAUAAGGAUCGAGUUCCCCAUUGCUUCCCAGGGUCCGAUAAGUACGCCAUCUCCAGUCUGCCGUCGCUGGCUUACUUGUCUAUUAAUCUCCGCACAUUGGUUUCCUGAGAUUCUAGCAUCAAAAUAUCUCUGAGGUCGUUUAUUUAUAUUUCUAUUCCAGUUCAUUUGGUGUAAUGCCAGUCUCUAUUUGCUGGUAAAACGCCUCAGGUUCUUGCUUUAAGGUUUGAUAGCAAAUGCCCAGUGUUUAUUUUGAAGUGCUUGGAAAAACUGCCCACGUCUCUUCCUCUUAUCUUCGUAAUUUGUGUCCAAAUAUGUUGUCUUAGAACCCUGUUGUAUGUUUCAGAGACCAGAGGGAAUGAGCUAUGAACAGAAGAUUUUUGUAGCCAGAUAAUAAUAAUAAUAAUAAUAAAAGUGUUAUAUUUUUCCCCCUGAAAUAUUAAGCGCUUUAUCAUUUUAAAUAAAGUGACAAUAUGGUCUCUCAGUUGUCUUUAAGACAAGACGUCUCCUUCACACAUGGGGGAGCAAUUUUGUAUGCUGAACGGCAGUUCAGUCUGUGCUUCCUGCCACAGUGAUGUCACUGGUUCUAGUGCAUGGAUAGGCUGGACUCUCAGUGAUGUCACUGGUUCCUAGUGAAUAGAUAGGCUGCACUAUCAGUGAUGUCACUGGUUUUUAAUGGUUGGAUAGGCUGCAUUCUUUGCAACUCAAUGAUGUCACUGGUUCCUAGUGAGGUCACUGGUUCUAGUGAAUGGAUAGGCUGCAUUCUCAGUGAUGUCACUGGUUCCUAGGGAAUGGAUAAGGAUGCAUUAUUUCAGUGGUUCUCGACCUCGGUCCUCAAGUAUCCCCAACAGUUCAUGUUUUCCAGGUCUCCUCACAGGAUUGCAAGUGAAAUAAUUUGCUCCAUCUGUGGGUCUUUUAUAAUGUGUCAGUGAGUAAUGAAUACACCUGUUCAACUGCUAGGUGACCUGGAAAACAUGAGCUGUUGGGGGUACUUGAGGACCGAGGUUGAGAACCACUGCAUUAUUUGUUCCUCAGUUAUGUCACUGGAUCCUUGUUAAUGCAUAGGCUACAUUCUCUGUGAUGUCACUGGUUCCUAGUUAAUGGAUAGAUACAUUUUCUGUGCCUCAGUGAUGUAAUUGGCUCCUAAUGAUUUUAUAGGCUGCAUUCUUAUUAAUAUUGGCUCAAACCACAAUCGUUGGAGUAAUAUAAGAAUUGCAAUUGUGAAAUGUCAUGUAAUGUACAAUACUGAAGCAGAGAAUAGAAUAAUGGGGGUAAUUCAGACCUGAUCGCUCGCUAACUGGUUUUUGCAGUCCUGCGUUUGCAUAGUCGCCGCCCACCAGGGAGUGUAUUUUAGCCGUGCAAGUGUGCGAUCGCAUGUGCAGCCAAGCGGUACAAAAAUACUUUGUACAGUUUCUGAGUAGCCCAGAACUUACUCAGCCGUUGCGAUCACUUCAGCCUGUCUGGUCCCGGAAUUGACGUCAGACACCUGCCCUGCAAACGCUUGGACACGCCUGCUUUUUUCCACCCACUCCCAGAAAAUGGUCAUUUGCCACCCACAAACGCCCUCUUCCUGUCAAUCUGCUUGCGAUCGGCUGUGUGAAUGGAUUCUUCGUAAAACCCAUCGCACAGCAAUGAUCCGCUUUGUACCUGUGCGACGCUCCUGCGCAUUGCGGUGCAUACGCAUGCGCAGUUCUGACCUCAUCGCAGCGCUGCAAAAAACGCUAGCGAGCGAUCGGGUCUGAAUGACCUCCAAUGUCCCCAGUAUUUGGUCAGUGUGUUGCUAUUAAAACACCACAUAUAAAAUACAAGUUGCUUUCAAGUAAAACAAUUACUAAUUGAUAUAUAUGAGGAGAGAUUAAAGUACUUGAAAUCCGGAAAUGAUCAGUAUAGAAGCUUUGUUGCUAUGUGCAUCGGCUUUCUCUCUCUAAUAUUUUUUUCUUCUUUUAGCCUAAACUGAUGAUAGAGAACAAUAAUAUACAGUCCCCUAGGUAACAAGAAUGCAUAAAUCUAAAAGGAUAAUUCCACCUGAAACUAAAUGUGUUGACUGAUGGCUUAAGAGUCCGACAUUGCUUCACUGCUCGGUAGGCAGGAAUGAGGCAAGGGCCGUAACCACUGGUCCUGCUUCUUUUUUCUUCUUUUUUUUCAGACCAUUUUUUUGGGUGGUGUUUGUCUCUCCUGAAAAGCGUGAAUAUAGAGUGACGUAUAGAGCGACAUAUAUUUUCAUGCCGGGAUGCUAAUUAAUCUGUGCAAUUUGUAAACAGAUGAUUUGGGCAAAUUCUCUUUCCUGGUCUCUACAUUUUUUGCAUUUUCAGCUUUGCAGUAAUGUCACGCAACUGGAGACAUCACGUUGAUGUGCUUUUGUGUUUAAUUUACAAGUGCCAACCUUAAAAUAGGCCAAAUGCUUAUACAAGCACCCUACUAAGACACUGUUAUCUCUAAGUCUGACUCAUCCCAGAAGUGGCUGUAGGAACACUCGUUACGCUUCUGUGUGAAUAGGACAAUUACAACUGAUGGGUGAAAUGUGCUCCUCAUUAAAGCUUUGGUAAAAUUUGUGAA